AUGAUCAAAGCUAGGCAAAUGUGUUAUUUGGAGAAGCACAGGAUAUACGAAAUGUUUAAGAACAUGGUUAAAGCACUCGUCAUAUUUCAGCCACCGGAUCAUUUACGAUUCGUCGCGUGGUAUUGGAAACGCCGGCGUCAUGUGGACGUACUGAAAAUCCUAUUGGUUGCUCCCCCCAAUCACCGGUUAAAUACAGACAAAGUGUACGUUGCACUCAACAUAGCCAAAAGCACCGGAGUGGUAACCAUCGAUCGGCGGAACGUACUACGCAGACACCGGAAAAAACGAGUUCACAACGGCGAUGACGACGAUGACAGAUGUGAUUCGACGAAUUUUAUGACCAUGUUGUUGGAGUACAUGAAAGCGAAAGGGGCCUCGGAAAAAGGAUGGGUACUUUUGGACAUCCCAAAUAGUAAUAAAGAAGCAGACAUGAUGAUAAGUCUUGGUAUUCUACCGACACACACAAUCGUGCUGAAUGAACCAGUAGGUUUAUGCGAAACUCAAAUGAAAAUUGACAAGUUCAAUCUGAUUUACAAAAACAUAGAAUUUGAAAUUAAAAUGAAAUUUCGAUUCACGUUAAAGGAAAUCAAUGUGCAGGGUAAAUCAAUCGACCAGAUAACAGAAUUGUGCCUGGAUCAAAUAAUAUGCCAAAAACCGUCUGACGUUCCGUUUGUGCCUAGAGUGACAGUUAUCGGACCUAAAGGAUCUGGAUGUUUUUUCGUAGCCAGCGCUCUAUCCAAGAGAUUCAAUUUAGUCAACGUGGAUUUUGAUCAAAUGUUGGAUCAAAAAGCUGUUACUAGUAACAGAAAAAUCGCCGAAGAAACGGCAUACUCGUGGUUAAAAGAAAAACUAAUCGAAGACAAUUGUAUAGAAAAUGGUUAUGUAAUUAAGGGUUUCCCGCGUACAAGAGCUGAUUUUGAAUGGUUGGAUUCAACUGAAAUGGCUCCAAAUCGAGUCAUAUUUUUGGCGAUUAGUUUCCCAGAAAUAUAUAAUCGUUUCAAGAACAGGUGCUUGGUCAAAAAUACGGGAACUACUAUGAGCCUGAACCGAGCAGUCGACGAGCUAAAAGCUGGUACGUUGAAAUUUGAACAUCUAAGCCGGUAUCCGUUGGAUUCAGGAAAAUUUUUAUGCGAAUUUAAAACGUAUUGCAGAUAUUUAAAAGAGAUGCUCUAUUAUUGCGGAGAUAGUUGUUCUAUCGUCACUUUUGGCGAGUCUCUAUGCGACAAAGCGUCAGCGUGCGUCGUAUUCUCGAGUCCGGCCUCAGGCGCAAGACCUCGCGACCGUAUGCCGAGUCGGCUAACCGCUAGCCUUGCUGAACGGAUGCUUUUACCCGCGGAAUACGAAGACGUCUGUCGCGAUCCCGGGUUGUCCGAAGCCGCUCGGAAUCUACUUAACGCCCUCAAUCGAGACGCUAAACGACUGGAAAAUAGCGGUUUCCAUCAGGCUGUUUAA